AUGGAGCGAAUGGAGCGCUGGGUACAGGACACGUUCGCGCCCGUGGUGCUCACGUGCUCGACGUCCGAAGCCGAGCGGAUCGUGCAGAAGAACAACCUCUCCACCGCCGACCUCUUGAACGGCUUCUCGCGCCUCGACGACGCCGACACGCCCCUGCGUUCCGUGACGCAUCCGGUUCAACUCGCACGCUUGAAUUUCCGCUUCCUGGCGGCUAAUCAGCUCCAAAUGCCCGGGAUUCGAGCAGCUACUGAGCAGCUAAACGCCAGUGUCAAGAGGUACCCGCCGCCACUCAACGCCGCGUCAGCUGUAGAGCUGGAUAUCCCUCGGAUUACAAGACCUGAAGACGUGCCUAUGUACCUUCGAGAGACUGGACUUGACACGGAAGGCGAGAACGAGUCCAUGCCCUGGUACCAGUCAUUCAAGUACACACUCAUGGACACAUUUCGCUGUGAAGAGUACAGUUUGCUGAGUCAUCCAGUGGCUAUGGUGGUCGUCAUUAGCUCGACGGACUCGAGUCCACGUCAUGCAAUGGAAGAGCUCAUGGCGCCACGGAACCUCCCGGCUCCAUUCCAGCAAGGAAUGUAUGACGUGAACUUGGUGCCCAAGUUUUACGUGGUGGUGCAUGAUGUGCAGGAGACAGCGGGCACGUCCAUUGAUCCGGACAUGAUCUUGGAGAGUGUGAACGUGACCACAGUGAAUGGAGCAGUGUUGCGGAUAAACUCUGUGCCGAUGGAAAAGGCCGUCGUUCCGUCGCCAUUUGUGACUCUGUGGACGGAGAAUCCGUACGUGAGAGUACCGCUGUUUCCAGGUGAGAUUGUUACGGAGUCGGGGGACGGCGUGGGCGCGUUGCUGUCAGAGAAUGACGUGGGACAGACCAGAUCUUUUGUACGGGAGUUCGGAUUGCGGUUUAUGUUGUCAGCGCUCGAAGGACGGAUCUUGCAGCUAAAUGAAGUGGUGUCGGCCAUGAAAAAAGGCGUGAAGAAUGUUUUCAAGUCGUGGCUACGCAAACCCAAGGACUUGCGCUCGUCUAGUGCCUCGGCGUUAGGAGGCAUCGUUUACAAAAACGACUCUAUUGAGUCGCAGACCCGCCUUCUGGCCGAUACUGCUUUUUUAGUACGCGACUACGAAUUGGCACUGCAAAUGUAUCGUUUAGUGCGUGAAGACUUCAAAUCGGACAAGUCUAUGUAUCAUUGCGCCAAUGCGAAUGAGAUGAUUGCACUCUGCCUACUUCUGACGAAGGGAUCGCCGAUGCAGAUGACAAAUGCUCUUGAGUCAGCCACAUCGAUUUACGCCCAAACAGCCUCACCGUUGACUCAGCGUCUAUCUGUUCGUGUGUCGAUCAUUGCUGGUGAGAUCUACCACACGCUAAGCGAGUCCGGUCUGUUUACGGACUAUAUGCAUAAUGCUUCUGCCGCCCUAAUUCGUGGUUCAACGAUGGAGCAAGGCAUUUGUGCAGCAAUUCUCACAGAGCGCGCAGCGCUGUGUGAUUUACGUGCCCGACUGCCAAAGUUUCGCAAGUAUGGGUUUAGGAUGGUUAUGGCUGGUCACGUGUAUGCUUCUUUAGGGCACGAGCAGCGUUCCGCGAGAUGCUACUCCUUGGCACGCGCCGUAUACGACUGCAAUGGAUGGUUUCUUGUCGAAGACCACAUCAACUUUAUGCUCGCGCAGCAGGCGAACAAGAUGGACGACCGCAUGGCCUCCAUCACUUUAUUUCUCAAGCUCAUCGGCACGGGUCGCAACUCUGCAAGUCAGCAGGAAGCUAUGUUGUACGAUUUCGGUUUAAUGGUCAAGGAUUUUUUGUCGUUCGAGCAGGCUGACGCACCCGUGCCUCCAUCUUCUCCAGGCGGGCCUAAAUUGACAACAAAUAGUCGCGGCACGAAGAUACUUCUUGUGCAGGAUUUAUGCAUACCUGAGCUGGACGACAAAUCGACCGUCGUGUUCUCAUCGACCAACGCAUUUGGUGUUGACCGAUCCAUUGAUGGCAAUCUUGCUAACACGGAAACGUGGCUACAGCUUGAAGAAGUUAUCGAUAAGCAAAACCGGCUGCACCAAUAUGUUGCAUCCAGUACCACGAACGAAAUGAAGAGCUGGUUUGCAUCGUCUCACGCGUAUGCUGGUUAUCGCAGCAAGAAGGAUGCUACAAGCGCAAAACCGCAGAACUACGUUGUGGGAGAACAGAUCUAUGUCGAAUUUGUGAUGAAAAAUGCGCUUUCAUGUGCAGUGGACGUGAAAGACAUUCAUUUAUUUGGAUCUUUCGAGGCCCUAGACGAAAGCAGGGAAGUGUUUGAUGUUCCUGAAGAGCGGGAGUCUAGUGGUCAACGUGUUGUGGUCGACAGUGUAAAUCUUCAACUCCUACCGUGCAGUGAAGAACGCGUUCGUGUUGCAGUGUGCCCAAAUAUUUGUGGCAGACUAAGUCUGACAGGCAUCCGAUGGUCAAUAUGUGGCGGGGACGUCCAGGGUGAGCACGCCUUCGAUAUCCCUGGUCCGCUGCUGCAAGAUACGAGAGUGCACCGAGAAGCCAGAGCCCGCGCGCCGAACAUGAGUCUUGUCGCCACUGUUGUCGGACCCAUGCCAUGGCUUGGUGUAAAAGUUGAAGGCGUACCUGCUCAGGCUUAUGUUGGUGAGCUCGUGAACCUCGAAAUCUUACUUCGCAACUCGGGUGCAGUAGCUCUCUCUGGUCUCCAGGUUUGCUGCACUGACCUGUCGAUAUGUGCGUCAAAAACGGGUGCUUCUAUCAAUCUGUGCGGAUAUAUUGGAGCUAGCGGUCACGUCGUUGAUCUGAGUGAAGUGGUAUUAGCACCCGGAGAAACGAAACGAGUCACGAUGUGGGUACGAGGACUUACACCUGGGCGAUGUGAUGCGGCCUUCCUGUUUAAAUACUCGGGGCUGUCCGAUGCAGAUACAGUGGGUGCUGGCUCGUCACUGGCUCGUACAGUGAAAGUUAAGCUUGAUCUAGACUUACUGCCGUGUAUCGCCGUGUCUUACUCCAUCGAACCGAGCUUUGGUGCUAACAACGAAUACAUUGUUGGUAUCACUGUUGCAAACGAGCGGGGAGAUCACGGCGGACUGGUCAAGCCUCUGGAUGGAGAAGUUCGAUUGAAGGAGCUAUAUUUUGUAAGCGAAUCCUGGGCGAUUGAGACUUUGACGCGUCCAGAUUCCCAGAACACUAUAUACGUGCGUGAUUCAUUGAGUUUGGGCUUUCUCGAAGCUAGCACGACCUACUUUCGCGUGAUUCCACGGCCGAGUACUGCUGCAGGUACAUUCGCAUCGAGCAAGCUGCCUCUUCAUUCAGCGCGAAACGGUGUUGAUCUGUCUUCAACCUUGCCAAUCGAGCAAUUCCUAUGCCUGGAAAAUGCUGGGAACCUCGUCCGCACUGGUGGUGCUGGAAAUAAUGAUGGCUUGGAAAAUAAUGCGAAACGAGGUGGUGGCUUUCGAACGAUUCAAAGCGUGCGGCGAGAGAAUAAGGCUAUGAAAAGUGCGUCUCCUGGCGACGACAGCGACAAAAAGUUACAACAAGAGUCUCAGCCGACAUCGAGAGAUGCGUUACUAUCUCACCUGACUACGGAUGGUCAUCUUGUGCUUGUGUGGUCGACCGUUGGCACCUCGAUGUCCAGCAACAAAUCCGCUGGAGUGGCUUUUCGUCAAGCAAUGGGUCAAACUAACCUGAUGGCAGUGCAAGUCCGGCCACCACUUCAGAACAGCUCAUGCCCGCUGACUGUCACGCUUGGUUACGAUACCUCUGUAGAUUUGAAGUGCCCAACACAUCCUGGGUCGACAGCAACGUGGAGAAUUGCGGAAUUAGAUAUCACAAUGCGGGUUUCUAACGAAUCCUCGCCCAGUUCAGCUCCACUUGAUGUCACAGUCGAAAUGCUACACACCGAAGAAACCCAGGCCCCAUCCGCCACAUUUGCAUCAUUGACGAAGCUACGCUUGAUUCCGUAUUCUGAGAGACCAUCAUUGCGUAACGCACCGCGUUUUUUCUGGACUGGAGUUUGCAAGAAGAAGCUGGCGCACUUCUCACCUAACAGUCAAGCGAUGAUCAACCUUCGGGCUUGCUUCACCGAGCCAGGCAUCUACAACCUCAAUCGGUUCCGAUUCGUUGUGCAAUCUACUAUACCAAACGGGCAGUCCGCAAGUAUCUUCAUGAUCCCCGCAGAGCAUCUCGUGUAUGUGAGAAACCCCGAGCGAGUCUCAACCGGGCUUUUACAGACAAAAUCCGAGCAAACGAUCGAUAGCCUGCUUGUGCCGUACGACAUGCUUGCGAUCUAA